UCAAAUUUCGCAAGAAAUCGAAUCAAUCGCCUUUUGAAUCGGCAAAGCAGCAAAGAAGAAAAGGAACAGAAGAAUGGGUUCCGAGAAGAUGAUCGAGAUUUGUAUCGACAUGGAGGAAGGAGAACCACUUGGUGCAACUCCAAAUGACAAGCUCGUUAUCACUAAGAUUCAGGCUGGAACCAUUUCUGAAGGAAAAUUGAGAAUUGGUGACCAAGUUAAAAAAGUGAACGGACAAAAUUGCAAGGAUUGUAACGACUUUUUCCGUGCGCUUCGCUUUGCUGCUCCAUGUGCAAAAAUCACGGUGAACCGUGACGAAAAAAAGGCUGAAGAGUUAGAAGCUCGUGUUCAUAUUCCUGAGGAUCGUGCAAAGAUCAUUCAACGCCGUGAGGGAUACGUUUAUGAGUUGGCAACCCUUGUCUGGGUUCAAAAUGGACCAAAACUUGGUUUGGGAAUCAAGCAUUUCCAGAACCGUGUGCUUGUUUCACGUGUUGAUCCUGGAUCACUAGCCGAGAAGUGUCUUGUUCUUGGAGAUCAUUUGUGUGAUGUUGAUGGAAUUCCAGUCAGUGACAAGGAUGUUGCCAGAGAUCUUCUCGUCAAGAAUAUCCAAGAGAAAGGAAAAGUCACUUUUGUCGUCGAGCGCCCUGAUUCGAUCGAUGCCAAGCAAUGGGCGAAACAGGCGUUGGCUACCAAUCUCAUGCAACCACCAUCAGUCCAAAUGAACGAAGAUGUGAAAGGCAUUGCUUCGCAAUAUCGUCAAGCUCUUCCAGGACUGAAGCCUCCAGCGAAGAGUGCAAUGUCUACCGGUCCAAAUGCUCGCCGUGUUUCUAUCAUCGAGCAAACUCAAACUCACGAGAUCGGACAUGAUCAUGAAGGAAAAGCUCUUCGCAAGGUCAAGUGAUGAUAAGAAUUCAGCAAGAUGUCAUGAAUAGCACUGUCUAGAUUGAAUAAAAAUGUUUUGAUAUUUGUUUUGUAAGGUUUAUGAAUCAAAGUUCUCCUGAAGUGUUAUGUGCCCAUUGGAGUCAUCUUAACUUUUUAGAGACAAAACUUCUUAUAAACUUU